AAUGCUUGAUGGGGUGCGCAGAUUUCAUGAGCAGGAUUCGGAGGUGAAGAGAGAAUUCUAUUCACGUGAUGAUUCAAAGAGGGUGUUGUACAACACCAACUUUGAUUUGUACACAACUCCUGCGGUUAAUUGGAGGGAUACAUUCUCUUGUGUAAUGGCUCCAAGGCCUCUUGAUCCUCACCAACUUCCUUCAAUCUGCAGGUACAUAUGGUUUCUACUUUCUAUUUUCUAUUUUUAGAAAGUAGAAACAAUAGAACAGAACUCCACUAUGCUAUAGUAGUUAGUUGGUUCCAUUCAAAUUUUAGCCCAUGAUAUGAAUUGUAUUAUUUAUUAGUAAGUUUAGUGUAUAAAUUAAAGCCAGAAGAGCUGUGCAAACAAUUUCUUUAGUGAGUCGUGAGUAGUGACUUAUCAGUUCAUUUGGUCACCACAACUUAAUUGGCAUAAUUGCUCCAUAAGUCCAUAAUCUUAUUAGAAUUUUGUCUCUUCUGGCUAUUCAUGAUUUACAUUACUAACUAAUGUUUGUUUUUCAUGAUUGUAAAAUCUAAUUCCCUUUCAGAGAUAUCAUAAGUAAGUACACAGAGUAUGUUAAGAAAUUGGGACUAGUUUUAUUUGAAUUGCUUUCUGAAGCAUUAGGCCUUAAUCCCAAUUAUCUUAAAGACAAAGAUUGUGCAGAAGGGCUUUUCAUGCUUAAUCAUUAUUACCCUCCUUGUCCUGAGCCUGAACUCACUCUGGGAACAAGUGGCCAUUGGGAUUCUGGCUUCCUCACCCUUCUCCUACAAGAUCAAGUUGGUGGACUUCAAAUCUUCUAUGAAAACCAAUGGGUUGAUAUCACUCCUGUUUCUAAUGCUCUCAUUAUUAACCUUGGUGAUAUGAUGCAGCUGAUCACAAACAAUAAGUUUGUGAGCUCCAAGCACAGAGUUCUGGCUCAAAAAAUAGGUCCACGAGUUUCGGUUGCAUGCCUUUUUAGACAGCAUCUUGAACCUGAGACUUCAAAAGUAUAUGAACCAAUAAGGGAGUUGGUGACAGAAGAAAAUCCUGCAAUGUACAAAGAUAUCACAGUGAAGGAGUUUGUUACGCACUAUUAUGAAAAAGGACUAAAUGGUGUCUCUGCACUAGAGCACUUCAAGCUAUAAUAAUAAUACAUACACACAAUUGAGAGUUUCAGCAUUUCCUCAAAUUGAGUACGAAAUAAGAACUCUGAAAUCUGUGAAGUUGUGAUCAUGUCUUCAUGAUAUAGAAAACUAUUAAGUUAUGUAACAGGCUACUUUUUUUUUCUUGUUUGGGUACAUUUGUGACUUAUUACUUAAUUUAUGCCUAAUUUUAGAUGCGUUUGUGUUCA